GCAGCCGCCCUGGCGUCUGCCUGCCUGGCGCUGGCCGCCUGCGCGUCCUGGCUGGGGGCGCGCCGCCGCCACGACCGGGGCGGCCGCCACGGCUGGGGCGACGCGGCGCUGAGCAAGGCGUCCGAGGACGACGGCGGCGGGGAGGGGUGCGACUGCAGCUGGGCCAGCGUGUCCACCUGUGGGCAGGAUACUGGACGACGGCGGGCACUGCUUCGAGGAGUGCUGCUUCGAGACGGCGAACAGGACCGACCUGCAAGCUGCGCAGCGGGUGCACCUGCGACUGCAGCUGGGCCAACCAGUCCUCGUGCAACUACGACGACGGUGGCUGCUGCUUCACCUGCUGCUGCGGCGCCGCCUUCGUGGGCGCGGGCACGAAAGGCCCGCAGUGCGCCCUCACCGACCGCACGGAGGCCAGGCCCCACAGCGAGGUGGAGUACCACCCCGGCUCCAUCUUUUGUUGGUCGCUGAUGCUCCCCAAGGGCUACGAGCGCCACCUGCUCGCGGCGCAGUACCGGGAGCGGGUGAGCAUCUUCGCGUGCGACCAGGCUGCCGUCUACAGCAACAAGAGAAUCAAGAUAGCGGACGCCGUUUUCACCCGGGUGGUCGACGUGGACCUCCAGUGCGAAAGCGGCGGGGAAUUCAAGACUGCCCUGAACAACGACAUCUUCCUGGCCGUGUGGAGAAAGGUGAUCGACGAUGGGGAUUACCUCCGCCACAACUGGACUGUCAAGGUUGACCCCGACACGGUCUUCUUGCCAUGGCGAUUGCGGGACGUGCUGAAGGACCACCCCACAGGCUCCAAGGGCGUCUACCUGAACAACUGCGAGUGCCCCAUCCCGCUCCGCCCGCCCGGCGGUCUUCUCGCAGGGUGCCGUGAAGGCGUGGGGCGACGGCCAGGAGGAGUGCAGCUCCUACUUCGAGGAGCUCUGCUCCGGCAACUGCUGGUGGGGCGAGGACAUGUACAUCGACCAGUGCUUGUGCAAGGUGCUGGGCGUCCGGCGCGACGACAGCCCGAAGCUGCUCGUGGAGAACCACUGCAACCCGCCAGAGGGCUGGGAGUCCUGCAACAACUCCGAGCUCGUGGCCUUCCAUCCGUUCAAGGAGGAGAAGCGCUGGAUGGAGUGCCUGGGCAACGCGGACAGGAAAGGCCCUCCGCCUCCGACGACCACCACGUCGACAACUGUCACGACCUCGACCACGAGCUCCACCACGCGCACGGUCACGGGCACGACCAUGACCGCAACGUACACGGCGACAUCCAGGAGAUGAUUACAAUUCCUGACGCAACGACGGAGCCGGUGAACUUCGACUGCAACGCCAGCCUAGAGCAAUGGCGCAACGAGUGGUCGGAGGGCAAGAUGGACUGGUGCUGCCAGCGCUACGGUCUGGGCUGCCUGUCGGAGGAGGACGCGGUCAAGUUCGCCACG